AUGGUCGACAUCUAUACGUCAACAGAACCCACUCCCGAGAGUUCCACUGAUGAGUCGGCCAUAGCUGCAUUCAUGUUCGGGGCGCGAUCGAUUACUGAGCUUACUCGCUUCUCGACUGAACCGCAGAAAAUAUCCAAUAUAUUCUUCUCCAGCGUCUAUUCCUACAAUGAAGUCCUCGAGACCUACUUUCACAAAACCGGUGUCUCCAUUGACUCGGUCUCUUGGUCAAUGAUUCUCGCAAUCGGGAAAGCACUUAUUGCAAAAGCCUAUGUUGUGUGUAAGUAUCCACGCCUCGACUUCGAGACAUUCGACGACGUUCUGCGUUACAAAGCUGCAUCACGAUCUCAGGAGGAAUUUGAUGCUAGAGCUCGUGUAUGGGAGAUCAAGAAGCAGGUCUGGUAUACCACGUUAGAUUUGGGCGUGUCGAGUCUGCCUAAAGCGAAACCUGCACGUAGGACAUAUGAGUAUAUCGUUGACUCUCUCAUUCAUGAAGAGUUCCACAAUAUCUUCCAGCCAUGGGAUGAAAACUUGUUGAGCAAGAAAAGGUAUGCGGGCGGCUCAAAGCAGCAUGUCGCACACACGAAGUAUCUGCAGUUCCAUGGCAAUCUCUGGAGAUAA